UUUGCGCGCCCGUUUUCGUGUUGUUUGUUUACAUCGGCCUACUAACUUAAACAUAGGUAACCCCGAAGCUGAACGCCAACUACCAUUGACUUGUUAUCAUUGUGCAAUAUCAAUUGAAAAAUGUCUGCUACAGAAAGUAGGAAAAGGAGUUUAUUUGAUAGUUCAGACUCUGAAGAUGAUGAACCAACACCCAGUAAGGUCUGUAAGUCAGAAAGCAAUUUGCAGAAAACUCCAGAGAAGGAAGAGGAAACCAAAGAUAGUAAAAAAGAAAAAAUCACACUGAGUCCUGCACAGAAAGCAAGAAUAGAACAAAACAGGCAGAAGGCACUUCUUAUAAGACAGGAUAAGAUAAAUCGUAGAACACCUUAUAUCAAGCCCAAGGAGAACAAGGAUGAAGGGAAAAAGGUCAUUCGAAUCAAUGAUACAAAGCUGAUUGAUACUGGUGGUGGGUUUUUCAUUGAAGAAGAGGAAAUUCCAGAUGAUGAUAUGAUUGCUGCAUUGAAUAUGGUAAAUGAACCAGCACCAUUAAUUGAAGAGGACAGACCACAUUGUUUGGAAUGUAAUCAAGUUUUCAACAAUUCAUUUCUCUUCCAUACUUUUGACCAUCCAGUAUGUGACCAGUGUAGAGAUAAUGAUGACAAACACAGUCUCAUAACAAAAACAGAUGCAAAGAAUGAAUAUCUCUUAAAGGAUUCAGAUCUUGAAAAGCGAGAACCACCUCUGAAAUUUAUUGUGCGGAAAAACCCCCACAACUCUAGAUGGGGUGACAUGAAAUUAUUCUUGAAACUCCAAGUAAGUUUACUUUAUUCUACCAUACCAAAAUCAAAUACCCAAAACAUUGAAGAAAUAGUAGGAGAACAAACUAUUGACAAAGAUGAUUAUGUGAAGGGAGAAGAGAUUACCCCAUCACCAAUAAUUGGUGUAGCAAGAAGCAUAAAUAGCCUGCAGGCCAGAUCACAUUUAGGAGAGUACAAACCAGUGAUAUUAUGUUUACAUGUCAAUAAAACUGUAUCAACAAUAGGAUUUUUGGUGCCAGAAGAUUUAUCCAGGGAGAACAAGGAUGAAGGGAAAAAGGUCAUUCGAAUCAAUGAUACAAAGCUGAUUGAUACUGGUGGUGGGUUUUUCAUUGAAGAAGAGGAAAUUCCAGAUGAUGAUAUGAUUGCUGCAUUGAACAUGGUAAAUGAACCAGCACCAUUAAUUGAAGAGGACAGACCACAUUGUUUGGAAUGUAAUCAAGUUUUCAACAAUUCAUUUCUCUUCCAUACUUUUGACCAUCCAGUAUGUGACCAGUGUAGAGAUAAUGAUGACAAACACAGUCUCAUAACAAAAACAGAUGCAAAGAAUGAAUAUCUCUUAAAGGAUUCAGAUCUUGAAAAGCGAGAACCACCUCUGAAAUUUAUUGUGCGGAAAAACCCCCACAACUCUAGAUGGGGUGACAUGAAAUUAUUCUUGAAACUCCAAGUAGAAAAGAGAUCUCUUGAGCUUUGGGGAACUGAGGAGGCCCUAGAAGAAGCUAUAGAAAAGAAAGAGGACCAACGAGAAAUAAAUAAACAGAAAAGAUUCAACAAGAAAAUGAAAGAACUGAGGAUGAAUGUGAGAAGUAGUCUUUACACCAGAGCAACUAAAACCCAUGAGCAUGAAUAUGGUGAAGAAACAUAUCUGCCUGAUGAGGAUGAGUAUUCCCGUACUUGUAAAACUUGUGGCCAUACAUACACAUAUGACAAGUUGUAACCGCUCUAAUUUGAGAUCUAGGCCAAAUCGUUAAAAUUCAUAAGACCACAUGUAUUCCUUAUCUGGGUUGAGUUUUGCAGAGAACAGUUGUAUAACUAUUCAUCCUGUUUUAAGAGUAAUUAGUAAGAUGUAUUAAUAUUGUAGUUUAACAAAACCUCUCGAGUCUAUUUUUAGAUUUAAACUAUUGUUCUUAAUGGGGGGAAAAUAACAUUAAAGGAGAUGAACUGAUAUGUAGAAUGGAUUUGGUGAAAAUUACAAGGAAGAGAGGAGUGAAUCUAGGGCACUAGGGGUACUCUUAGGAAGCUUUAAUAGUUUCACUAUUGUCACCUUUAAAUUACCUGAGCCUCAUUAUCUUCCUUGUGAGUUACUGCAUGUUAUUCAUCUUGCAUUGUGUCAAUAUUAUCUUUGAAUUUUAAGUAAAGCAGUGUUACACAUCAAAUACCAGAGAGCCUCAAUGUUUUCUUAUAUUGAACAGUGGAACGCGUUUCUUGGUAGUGUUGCAGAUGUUGGUGAUGUUAAGUUAAAGAGAGGUUGUAUUAGCACCAUGCCCAGUUAUUUCAGUUUGUGUACAGUAAUUAUAUACUUUUAUCUGCUAUAGUAAUUAUUUAUUUAUUUAUUUAUAUAUAUAUUUAUUUUUAUCAAUCAUAUUCUAAUGGAUUAUAAUAUACUCUUUUGUUUACCUCUAGAGAGAGAGAGAUAGAGAGAGAUUGUGGAUAUUUCUCAUAGAAAAAUACCGCAAAUGUGCGAAUUUUCCACGAAUAAUGCGGGGUAACAUUCCCGAGAGAAAUCUGCGAAUGUGUGAGUCCACAAAUCCGGAGAAUGCGAAUAGGGGGUGUCCACUGUAUUAUAUUUUUUCAUAUUGUGUACUAUAUGACUAAACUGAUUUUUAUGAUAAAAAUUAUUUACAGCAUACUUAUAAUGUACAGGCAGUCGCCAGUUAUCGGCGGGGCUUCUGUCCUCUGCAGGGUGCUAAUGAGCAAAAACGCCCAUUAAAUGAAACAAAUACCAUUUACUACUUGUAAAUGGAAUUGCAAGUCAGAGCUAAAUGGAGAUUCAGUUAGUACUAUUUUUUGAAUUGAUAAACAUCUCCAUCAGUAUUACUGCCAGAAAGACCAUUCCACAGUUUUAUAGUGAAAGUAAGGAAAGACUUCUGGUACCAGGUGGUAUGAACACAUGGUUUAUCAGUAGAAUGUGGGAACUGUUGCUCUGUAAAGUGAAUAAAACACUUAUUCACAGAGUGCAGGCACUAAAGCCUCUAAAGCAAGUUAUCAGUUGAAAUAAAGCUUAAGAAAUAUGUCUUAAGAUAUCUGUUGGCAACAGUAUAAUUCAUAAUUAAAUAUAUGCAAUUACUGGAAAAAUGUAACCACCACUUACAGCAAACAUGAGUAAAUUAUGUAAAGUAAAAAUCUGUAAAUUAUUGGAAUAAUUUGAUAAAUAAAAUAAUUAGAUAAGAACUAAAUACACUAUAAACUGUAAAUUGUUGGUUUAAGGAAAUUCAGCAAUUCUGUGGAAGUAUUUAUGGUUUUCCUCCUUUUUAUGGCUGUAUUUUGGUGUCACGAAAGUAAUGUACAGUGGUACCUCGAGAUACGAAAUUAAUCCGUUCCGAGGCGGUCUUCGUAUUAUGAGUUUUUCGUAUCUUGGAACACAUUUUGCAUGUAAAAUGGCUAAUCCGUUCCAAGCCCUCCAAAAACACCCCAGUAAAUUAUAUUUCCUGUCCUAAAACACAUGUUCUAGGGUUACAACGCCGAUCCGACGGAAGAAAUAUGACUCCAAAAAGGCAAAAUACUGUACAUACUUGAGUAAUAUUCAACUGCAUGUAAUGUUCAACCCCAUUUUUACUGCAUAUAUUAGGACUUUAGCAUAUGUCCCUUAGCAAUAAGCCUAGCCUAUUUUAGCGGUUGCUACUGUAGCCUAGUCUAUGAUUCUGACAUCUAAACCUAAGAGCUAAAAGCUUAGAAUAUGCCAAUAAAAUGUAUUAAUAAUCAGUAUGUACUCAUUUCAAAUAAUUAUUAAUUAAUCAUUAACUAUAAUACACAAACAAACAAAAAACAAACCUUCCAAUCAAUUGUUUACAUUCAGCUCUUACCCGUCUUACGAGUAUCGAAUGAGCGCCAAGCAAUCAUUUUUCCUAGCACACAGUAAGCCAUAAAUUGUCAUUAGUAUCUCUCUUCAACUAAUGAAACUACCAAACAGUAUAGUAACCAUUCAUUUCUAUUCUUUAUUCUAUCUUUACUUAAUGGAGAUACCGAGUUACUGACAGCUAUAAUGAAACAUACGUAUACGUAACGUAAUAAUAAAACAGAAGAAGAAUUCUAAAAAAUAUGUAUUUAUUGGCAGUCUGAUUUAUUUUAUAUUUUAUGAUAUCUAAUUCACAUUUUUUUUAUUAAAUGUAUUGCAUGUACUCAUUUCAAAUAAUUAUUAAGUAACCAUUAACUAUAAUAAACAAACAAAAAAAAAGCUUCCAAACGUCUGUUUACAUCCAGCACUUACGAGUAUUGAACGAUCGACAAACAAUCACUUUACACAGUAAGCCAUAAAUUUUCAUUAUCUCUCUUCAACUACUGAAACUACCAAACAGUACAAUAACCAUUCAUUUCUAUUCUUUAUUCUAUCUUUACCUAAUGUUUUUUUUUUAUUAAAUGUAUGGCAUGAAUAAGUUUUUCAAUUUACAGCAUCCUUUUACCAAUAGAAUACUUAAAGCACAAGGGGUAGAAGCUGACCAAUAGGAGAGCAGGACCUUAUGGGGUGACUAGCAUCAGAAACCAAUGGGAGAGCGGGAGGAUGGUGGCGAGUUUACUCAGUUGGCGGCGCGGGAGUUUUAAAAUUGUUCUCGGUGGCCCGGGCGAAUCUCGGGACUUUACAGCAACAACCUUUCGUAUCUUGAAAACUUUUUGUAUGUAGAGCAGUAAAAUUUUUCGCAUUGGCUUUCGUAUCUUGAGUUUUUCGUAAGUAGAGCCUUUCAUAUCUCGAGGUACUACUGUAUUUGUAGAAAGUUUUACAUGUUGAACCUUUAAAAAUCUGUUUUGGGUUUGGGCCCUUCAUGGAUUUUUGCAGUUGUAUAAUGAGCUGACCCAGUGUAUAAUGAUAAGACAACUAUUUUUCAUUGGUUAUCACAUGGUGAAGUUAUUAUUGAUUAGGACAAGAGUACAAGUAUUCUAUUAUAUUUCCAUUUUAAAGGAAUUGAACUAUGUAUAUAGUAUACUAUUAGUUUUAAGGAGGGGUGAGGGAAGAGAGCCAGCCUAUGAUAAAAAUUUUUGCUUUGUUUCUCCUAAUGGUAUAUCAGUAGUGCUAAAAUGAAUAUAAAAUGAAGCAAAUGGAUAUUUAUUCAAUUAUGAUUAGAAAAUUGAGUUUACAUAUAAGAAAGAGAAGUAGAGUAAGAUACUGAAAAUUUUUUCAAGUGUUCUGUACUGUGAGUCCUGUUAUCUAUAGAUUUCUGUGCUCCUCUGUCUUAAAACUGUAGGAAUGAUUGUGGUGGCCCCUAUUCAUUAGUUUGGGACAGGUUGAUUUAAUCGUAUGUUAGGUUCGGACUGAAAUAACUAAAAUCCUUUACUAUAAUUAGACACUAAAUAGAAAACUGUUUUUACUUCUUAACAAAGUGUACGGUAAUUAUACUACCAUAUAUUUAUUAUUUUAGAAUGAUUAAUACUUAACAUUUUUAUUGAAAAUAUAACUAAAUUUAUACUGAUUGAUGUUUUACAUCAGAUUUUUUAUCACAAUGUUUUCUUUUAAUUGUGUUGUGUGUCUGCAUAGAACACUAGAUCUUUGAAGUCGAUGGUAUUUUUUCUGGCUUAGAAUUUUAAGAGGUUCAGUUGCCUUAUGGGAGUUAAGAAGUUCUGAAACUAUCCACUAUCACAGAGCCUUAUUUUAAUGAGAUCUUGAUUGGAUUAAUUAAUUUUUUUUUCAUUUUGUGCCUUUAUGUUUACUGUGCUGUAAUUUGCAUUAACUAAAAUAUUAGGGUUAUUGUAAAGUUUUAUUUUCUCAUAGAGUCUUUAAAAUCCAGGGUAUAGAAAACUUUCUUAUUUCACAUACAAAUUGUAUUUAAUUUCAGAAUGAGAUGAUGGUUUAUCUCAGUUAUGGAAAGUGUAGGACAUUAAUGGUUUGUUUCAUCACAGCCCUAUCAAACAUAUAUAUUGCCCUCAUUUGCAGUCUCAAAUGUCCCCAGACUCAGUCAGUCCUUUGUCAGCUAGGCAGAAGAAGAGUGAACACUCACACAUGCACCCUCUGGAACCACAGGUAAAAACUAUACUGUCUUCAACAUUAUUUGAGGCUGUAGCACUGGUAACAAUUCUUACUGAAUUUUCCUUUUAUUAUUUUUUUCUUGUAGUAUUCAGUAAUUCAGUCAUUGGUAAUUAUUAAUUCUUAUUUAUUUUUGUCAUUGUUAAUUCCCCUCCACCUUUCAGCUUUUCUGUAUUUUCCUUUGCAACUCUGAUUAAAGUGUUAUGGUCAGUACUAAUAAUUAUUGUAUUGCAUAUUACCUUCUGAAGAUAUUUUGUUUUGCUUGCCAGCUACAGUUAAAGGCUUGUUAUCCACUCAGCAGCAAGUGGUAAGUUUUAUAACACUACCUUUAUGGGUAUGUAGUAUGUGAUGUACAAAGUUAAGGUUUGUCCUGCUUUGUUGUUGUUUCUUUGGAUUAGUGGUAUUACCAUGUUUGCUGACAUGAAAUGCACACUGGUUUUGGGAGCAUAUAUUUGUGAAAAAUACCUUUUUUCCCAAUUCUUCACACUCCUUCCCACUAAGUAUAGGUAAUUUUGAAGCUUCUUAUCAACCAGUAUUCCAAUUUACUAUUACUGUAAAUAGAAAGAACUGUAAAAACUGUACUGUUAAAGAUGUUAAGUAUGAAUCUUCCUCUAACAAAAUAUAUUUUUUAUUAGAUUUAUGGCCUUUAUCUAAAGCAGUAACUGACAUAAACUUAGCAUACCAUCUUUUGUUUCCUUCCUCUUUCUAUCGCUUUAUUAGUGUUCAUAUCUGAUACUGUCGUUUUAAACUUAUUUUAUAUAUGUUACACCAUUAUCAUAUACUAUGUGUUAUUGCUUGUAAAAACAUUUAUCACUACAGCAUCUCAACACAUCAUAGGUACUUGAACUUAAAUAGGCUGAUAAAUGUUUGUUGGGUGUUAAAUUCUCUCUCUCUCUCUCUCUCUCUCUCUCUCUCUCUCUCUCUCUCUCUCUCUCUCUCUCUCUCUCUCUCUCUCUCUCUCUCUCUCUCAUAUAUUUGUGCCCAUGUCUGGGGAUGAGAUUUGGUAACUCUAACCCUCUGAAAAGCCCCUGAAUGAUGGUGUAACUCAUUAAGCCAAAGCCAUGGCCUUGUUCAAAAUGAUACCCUGCUGCUACUUUAGAAAUUUUGGUUUGCUGGCUGUCACUAGAAUAUUGCCUUUCUACUAGUUGACAGAUUGCACUUUGCAAGAAGUAAACUGUCAAGCAUUAGCUACUGUUAUUGCAGUUGCAGCUGGAUUUUAUGUGUGAUUCAUUCAUUACUAAUAAAAGUUUGCAUGCUUUCCUUUAAAGUUAGACUUGUUCACUUGACCUUCAUCUUAUAAGUAACUGUAGGACAAGUGAGUUAUAUGCCAAACAUGUGGUGUACAUAUAUAUUUUUUUGUGUUGAGGGUUCUUCUCAAUAGUCCAGGUAGAUUUAUUAUUUGCUUGGCUAUUUUUUAUGUAAGGGUUGGUAUCAUUUUGGUAUGUCUUGUGGUUGUGGUUAAUGCUUGUGUUUUUUACACAUAUGAGUUUUACCUGAUGCAAGUGGUUUAUGCCUUUCUUUUUAUAUCACUUGUAUUUUGUAUUUAGUGCACUCUAUAUUCUGCUUAUUCUUUUGUGGUUUUGCAGGUAUAUUUUGUAUCUGUUAUUUUUUUUUUUUUUUUAUCUCCAGUGAGAGUCUUAUUUUAUGUAGUAUUAUUCAUGAUGCCAAGUUUUGUUGUGUAUUUGAUUAGUAUCUUUUUGCUGUGCAUUGUUUAUUAUCCUAAAACAAACUUAUGAAGGCAUUCCAAUUAGCCCUUGUCUUGCCAUGGUGUCCUUACUUGACUUGGACCUUCACCUGCUGUGAAGGGUAUCUUGUGGCCUUUGUUAUACCCAUUCUCAGCUGUGAGAUGGGUCAUAGAGGUUCUUCUGCUGUGUGCUGCCUUUAUGACGGGAAGAGGUUCAUACAGGUCAAGACAGGAAAAGGUUCUGGUACUGAUCUGUCUGAUUCUGAUUUUUGUAUUUUCACAAGAGGGGUGUUUUACAGACCUUUUAUCAGUAAUGUCAAGGAGGAAGGUUCCCAGUAAAGCUUUUCAAGGGUUCAUACAACUUCAAGAUGUUUUUGAUUCAUAUAAGAUGGUUGUCCUGCUUGGACUCCGUAGUCAAAGGUUUUUCCCAAGCAGCAGCUACAGGAAUUGCUGACUUUGGCCAAGAACAUUUCCAAUUGGAGCAGAUUCUGUAAUUUGAGUAGUCAAAAUAAUUCUGAUUCAAUUGACUUCACUGUUCCAGUAAGUGUGGAAUUUCUCGUGUUUCUCCAUUCUGUUUGCUAUCAAAGGCUAUUAAAUUUCAAGACUUAGUUGUUAGAGCAUCAGCAAAGUUGAGUUUGUUCCAAUGUUUCAGGAAAGAGGUUCUUGAAAGACUUUAAACCCUCCCAAGUAGGAUUUGAUUGGUUCCUAAAUUUCUCACCAAGCUCCUGUUUAGAAGUCAGUGAACUGUUUACACAUAUGAAUGAGUUUAAUCAGGUAAGAAGAUGGUUAUUGAUUUAUUUUUUGUUCGUUACUUUGCGGCAAAAAAUUAGUCAUCUAUCUGUCAAAGCUGUAGUAUGACACCUUUUCACUUUUUCCUUCUUUCCCUCAACUAUAAAUGAAAAAAGUAGCAUACUGUUUUGUUUAUUUAGAAUCAUCUAUCACUUUAGAGGUAAAAUUUUCAGGCUUCUUUUAUCUGUAGGCGCAUGGAAUGAGCAGGCAUCCAUUAACUUAAUAAUUUUGAAUUAGUUGAAGGGUAAUCCUUGAAGCCUAUAGGGAUAUGUUAAGGGAUGAGGCAAUGCAAGUAAGAGUCAGAGUUCAUGAAAUUCGAGCCAUAUCUACUUAUGCAGAUGUUAAAAGUAAUGCAUAGACAUAUUACAUAUUAGUUUUUAAAUGCAUGUACCUGAUGUUUUCUAGAUAGAUAGUUGGAAUGUGUGGUCGUUGUGGAUCAAGUUUUAUCUAUAGGGGAAGAUGUUGGGAAGUCUUUAUCUUCUGUUACUCCUAAAUUCUCAUCCAGUUAGUCAUGACAUCAAGAGAUAUAGUCUUCAGGGAUAAUUAACCUUCGCUGCUCACUUGAAUAGUAGGUAGAUUUUGACAAAACAAAUAUCUUACUACUACUACAAGUCCCAUAUUUUAAACAUCAUGGGUUUUCAGCCACUGUAUUGUAUAUAAUCCUCUGAUUUGUCUGAGCCGUAGGCUCUUGACUUACACAUUGACCAAAAGUUCUCCCAAAUCCUUCAGACUCACAAAUAACCUUGGGCACUUGGUUUCUUGGCUUCCUCUCAAAUUGAUAUUCAGGGUUUAUAUGAUUGACAUGGGCUAAGAUUAAACUAGCUGGGUUUUAUAACAAAUGUGUUUUCACACAAAUCCAUGGGUUAUGUAGGGAUUUCCUACCUCCCAGACAAAACACAAUAUUGAGGAAUGUAAUGGAUCUUGGUGGCACCUGUAUAAAUGACAGCUCCUCUUCUUUCUGGUAGGCAACAGACUAUAAGUCUGGGGAUAGUUGAGAUUGCAAUGGAGUGCUAUAUGUAUAUGUUUAAUGAGUUCAAAAGCAAAACCUAGCCUUGUAUUGAACAGUUGUAGUUUUGGCUUUCCCAGUUAUGCCUGUGUAAUUAUUUUAUGCAUCAGUCAGACAAGGCCAAUUUAUUUAGUGACUCAUAAUGUCACACACUAGUAAAGUCCCCUUUCAUUGCCAAUUGUAGUUUGUCUGGUUGCUAUAGUCGAUGUUGUUGUAUAGUGGUUUAAAUAGAUAGGGAAUUUGCUACUUUUGGUUACUGAAGUUAUGCUAAAUGUAUCUUAAGUAAUUAAUGUGCUAAUUCCCCAAAAGACCUGUAGCAAAGUAACACUUCGAUGAUGGGCUGUUAUUUGUUGCCCCACUCACCUUUUUAGAUACUCUUCAGGAGGAAACUACCCCCUCUAUUUACAUUUUAACGUCUACACUGAUGAGAAACACCGUUCAGGUGUUUGAAAGUCUUUGUUUUUACAUAGAAAUAUAUUUUAAUAUAUAAUUAUGGAAUUUUAACAAUAACAAAGGUAUCAUUUUAAGAAUCUGUAGAGAAGUACAAAUACAUGACACUUGUGACACAUCUCAAAAAGAGACUUAUUGCAAAGCAUGAGGUGUUUGAAAAUUAUUGUGGGAAGUAUGCUAUCACUAUGGUAUCAGAUAAUCAUUAUUUUAAACAAUGCUGUCGCAGCUGUGGUCAGAAUAAAAUUUUCAUUAUAUUUCAUCUCUCCAUUCAUUACUCUGACUUUAGGAUGUUUUUAAAUUAUUUAUUGUAGUGAUAUAUCUUAAAGUAAAUCGUGAUAUGUAUUUUUAUUAGAAUAAGAUGUUUAAGGAAGAUUUUUAUCAUUAGGUACAAUCUUGAAAUUGCCGGUGAAAUAGUGUGUGAUCAAAUUUGCUUAUAGUAAAAGGCAUUUGUAUAAAGUUUCCUUUAAUAAAAGUUUUCUUAUAACACCAGGUUUUGAAUAGCUUGCAAGUUUAUUACUGUCCUCUGGAUUUAGAUAGCUUCAAAUUGUGGUUAUUUAUAUAGUAAAUUACUUUGACCAGAUCUCUGAGCAAUCUUAACUCAUAGUAGAAAUUAUUUCAUUUAAUUCAUAAAUUUCACCUGCAUUGAUGGCUUACAUUUGCCGUUUGCUGUGUAUGCUUUCAUGUAAUUACCCAGUUUCAUUAAGAAACAAGCCUUAUUCAUCAUGUGGGAAAGCCUAGCCUUAUGUGCAAGAUAUAAUUAGAAACUGUUGUAGAUCAUUAGUUUUGUUUAAUUUGUCAUGCCAUAAUUCACACUUGAUAAAUUGUUGGUAACUGUUGGAGGUUCAUUGAACAUUCCAGUUCAGGAAACAUUUUUGCCCCACUGUACUGUGUUGAGGAGACUGAAUAAAUUUUGUCUAGUUACAUAAUCCUUUUCUCAAGAGUUUAGGUGGCAGAGGGGAAAUUUGGCAAGGUGUUUCAAAUCUGUAUUGUCUCGACUCUCGUGGCUGGCAUGAAGGAUUCUAUAAAUUAAAGGUAAACAUUGGAGCAUGACAAAAAAAUGAAAGAAUGCUGGAAUCCAAAUGGAACAGAUGAAUCCAAAGGCAGCAUAGCAGAAAUUGAAGUGAUGCUGCAAAGAAUAUCAAAUACAUACUACAUGCAGACCUUUGUGAUAACACACUGUACCCAGUAUCCCUCCAAGGGGAAGUCAUAACAGGUAUGUACUGCAGCACUCUUCAUCUUAUUUGAAUACUUAUUUCUUUUACCAUUGAUAGUCUUUAAAUAUUUAUUAUUUAUACUUUCUCUUCAUUUUUAUUGGUCUAGUUUUAUAAAUGUCAUCAAUUUGUUGAGUGUGUUUGUGUGAAAUGAAAUGUAGCAUACAUUGUUGCUCUACAACUUACUGUACUUUUAUAAGUGCUGGUAAAACAAUGUUAAUUUAUUGUCAGUCACUCAAAUGUCGCAGAUGCCCUUUAGUAAUAACACGUUCUCAUUUCUGUCUGCUCAUUGAUCUCUAUCUGAGUGAAUACUUAUAUAAAUUUUAGAUUUCUCUCAUCCAUUGAUAGCAGUUUCUGCCAUGUCUCAUACCUUCUUAUCACUGUUUUUAUAUCUCUGAUGUUCACCUUGCUCAAGUAUCUGGGUUUUAGUGCCUACAUUCUACCAUUUUCUUAGAUUAUCUAGCCAUGCGAUACUUAACCUCUUUCUCAGCUGCCAGAUCAGACGUUGCCAGUAACUUUUUUUUUUUUUUAUAAGAGCAGUACAUAGUGACCCUACAUCAAAUGGAUUUUAAGCAAGCAGAUUUUGAUACAGUAACUUUACAUCAUGAAAUAAUUCCAGUUAGAGAGUUGAUAUCUACUGAAGUCACCUCUACACGUAAAUGGUAUAUAGCUGUGUAUAGCAGAGGUUUUUAGGUAUGAGUCCGUUGAAAUAUUUCAAGAUAAAUUUUGUGUUUAUUCACAAACAAAACAGUACCUUACAUUGAUGUCCCCCUCCAGUUGGACCCAUGCUUCUUCCAGGAGCAAAGCCUUGUACUGUAUUAAGGAAUGCAUAACAGUCAACCCCUUGGUUUUUAGGGGACGUUCUGGUAAGCACCAUCUUUGUCUUUAAUGAAUAACAAUUUGAACAGAAAUGUAAGGUUAUCCAGACGGGCUUUUAUAUGCAAUGGAAGUUUUUUUGCAUUUACAUUUUUAAUAUGUUAUGACAAAUCACAAAGUCUUACCAGUGAAGCAUAUUCACUUGACAUAAUCUCUAGUUUUUAUCAUUGAUUGGAAACAUUUGAAUGAAGUAAUGAAGACCUAAUAGACAUUAUCGUAGCGUUCUAAAGCCUCUGAGAGCUUCUGUCUCUUUUCUAACAACGACAUAUUCUUUAUCAGUAAGGCUUUUGAUUAAUUGCUCAUUUGGCUGAAGACAGCAGGAGUUGAUUGAAGCCAUAAAUUCUCUUGUGACUUCAUCCAUAUUAUCUUUUGUCUCAGAUAUUUCUCUGAGGAAUUUAUUUUCUGUUAAGGUUUGAUGGAGGAUAAGAUUUUCAAGUGCUGUAGAGUACCUCUGGCUGUAUCCUAGGACCUAAUUGGGAAAAUAUUAAAAAAAAGAGUAAGGUUAGUAGUUGGUGAUUCUCUCUCUCUCUCUCUCUCUCUCUCUCUCUCUCUCUCUCUCUCUCUCUCUCUCUCUCUCUCUCUCUCUCUCUCUCAGUACUGGCUUCUUGUUUUAGGGGAAAGAUUUAAGAGCUAAUAGCUGAGCUUUGAUGGGCAGUCUUAAUUGGCCGUAGGCUCUUGCUUGCAGCUCGGCAAGCUAGUACUUUUUCAUGCUCAUUGCAGUAGUACUUUCUCCUAUUUGAAAUUUAAGUAGCUUUCCAUCACUUUUCUAUCCAACCUUUUAACAAUUACCCUGAACCUUCUUGAGGAAAAGUUAUUAGAACAGUAUUUGUGCUCCUAUUUCAAAGCAUCGAAUGUUACUCCACAGUCAGUGGCGAGUCAUUUGCACAAUGCGUAUGUGGUUUUAUCCACACUUUAUUGAGUUUUUGCAGUGGAGUUUUGCAAUGGAAUGAGUAUUCUUUUGCUCUGAAAAGGGUUGAUUUGCUGCAGUGCUGAUAUAGAAAUAACAUACAAAAAAAGGGUUACUGCAUUAGAUGAAACCUCGGUGGCAGUAGUCAAAUGAAGACGUAAAGCUCAGAAAGCCAUGGAGAAAAGGUUUACGUAUGUGAAAGCUGACAGUGCAGGUGAUAUUUAACCUCUUCAGGGAAAAUUGAUGUUAUAAAGCAUUAAUGAUGAUUAUUUUUGAAAUCAUAUGUCAGACACCACAGAACUCAACAUAAAAUGAUAAUGUACUGGCACAGUAUACUUUACCUGAACAAGUAGUUUCUCAAGUUCCUCUAAUGUGUUUGGUGGAGACUUCUGAUGAGGCAACUGAGGAAGGACUUUCAUGCAAUCGUUUUCUCUACCACAUAUCUCCAGCCAUAAAUAAUCUUUCUCUGUAUCAUUAAUAUACUUGUUAGACAAGUCCCAUGGUUCGCCAAGUAGUUCUUGGGUCUGAGGGAAAGAGCCAAAAUUUAUUUUUAAUGUUUCAGGUAUUCUGAACACAUUUCAUAUAUCUUCACAAGUAGUCCCAAACUCUGCUGAAGUUGUCAUCAUCAAACCAUUGCAAUUCAUAAGUUUUGUGAUUUGCACUUUUGUUGUUUUAAUAUGAUUGAAUUGUAAGCCAUCUCACAUGGCCACAAGCAAUAAAAUAUCUGUAAUUGUAUUCCUUUAAAAUGCUUGUCACAAUUAGAUUAAUUUAAUUUAUUGCUAUUCUUUUUAGUUAGGAUUUACAUUUAGUAUAGCUUAAAAGUACCUGACAUGUAAAAGUAAAGUUUUGGCAGCUCCAUGCAUAGAAAUUACUAUAUUUUUUUAGUUACUCACAUAAUUGUCCUUGAAGGUAUUGAUGAAUGAAAUUGUAUUUUGUGCACUGAUGACAAUAGAUUGGUUGUUGAUCUUGCAUUUGUAAUCUCUGUUUACAAAAUCUGCUUCACUCAUAGCUGAGAAAACCUUGGUACGUGUAGACAUUUUGCAGUUUGCCGCUUUAUUCCCUUGAAAACUUUCAUCUUGACCAUCAGCUGACUGACUUUCGGAAGAUAUAAUAUUUGAAGGUAUAUUUUUUGCUUCUCUUUGUUUGGAGUAUGAUCUCCCAUUUUUAAAAUCUCCCAAAACUGUCUUGGCGUUAUGAUUCUGCAUCCUGUUGUCUUCAGUGAUUGCAAGUAAGCCAUCAUUUACAAUUAAAAAGCAAAAGCAUAAGCUGAGUAUAUAAUGGCACGGCACUGUUAAAGAAAGAAAGAAAUGUAUCUUAUAAUUUUGUAAUUAAAGUAUAAAGUCUGCUCAAUAAAGCAUUCUUUUCUGUUAUCUGUAUUGCAGUUUUGUUUUUGUCACAGCCCCAUCAAUCAUACAUAAGCCUAAUAUGUAUUGUGGUCUGCAUUAUUCCCAGUAUCAGGGUCCUGCAGUGCUAUCAACAGCUAUGUCAUCAUUCUCCAGGUGCAUUCUUCAUUGUGCGAUGUUAAAGGAGUAACUGAUGAAUUGAUGACAGACCAGGGAAGCAAAUAAACAAGUCCCAUAAAUCUUGAUCAUAUAUCCCAUAAGGGAUAUAGAUAUGUCACACUGAAUGCCUUUUCCCAAAAUAUUUCUGGGUGCUGCAUACACCAGUAAAUUGAAGAGCUUCACAGCGGCUGUACAGCAACUAACAUGAACAGCAGCAUUUAGUUCAACCAUAGUUGGUUUAAGUUGGCAGAUUUUGAGGACAAGCAAUUUUUCUUUGUUUUUAGUCAUAAUGAGUAGAUUUAAAUGCAGUUCAAGAAUUCAGAAAAUAUUACUUAACCAUUCUUUGCUGAUGUUAUUAGGCUCAGAGGUCUGAAUAAACUAAUCCUUAAUAGUAUAUAUAAUAAUAAUAGAAGGACUUCCAAAACCCAGAUGUGUUGAUAGUGAGGUGCAGUCUUAAUCUUUUGAGCAUGUCUGGAAAUGGAACUGACACACCUAGGACAUUUGGAAAGUGAUGUGUUUGUACCAAGAAACUAACAUAUCAAAAGAUAUGUAUUAUUGGAAAAAGUCCCACCUCAGUUCCAGCAUUCCAUCAAAGUAGGUAGAACACAUCUCUGAGUCACAGGCAAAGUAAAAGUGAUAGAGAGAGAUACCAUUGCUGCCCUUAUCAUAACUGUAACUUGAUACUUGAUGAACUUCCUUUUAAUAUGUAUAAUGGCAUCAGACAGUGUAAUAGGCUUGUAGCCAUGAAAAAAAAAAUGUCAGAAUUUUAUAUUUCAGUAAAUCAUAUAAGCAUACAGGUUAAGCAUAGGAGUGAUGAAUUCACUGUAAAUGGCAAUUGAAAAACAGAAUAGGCAAGUAACUAACUAGCAAGAGAGUUGUUGAAAUAAUUGUUGCAAUUGUUCAAGUGAUUGAUCACCUGUGUCAGAGCUUUCUUUCAAGUUUGGUCAAAACUUUUGUUGGCAUUACAUAUUAGUGAUCUCUGACUUGUUACCUAUAACUUGAUAAUCUGGCCUUUUAAUUGUGUGUUAACUCCAAAAUUUUUCUGUUAUUAAUUUAAUGAUUUUUAUAUAUGCAGUGUCCACAUUUAUAACAUAGUUAAUUAAAAGCAUUUAUUAAGUUAAGAUGUUAAUUAAAAGCAUUUAUUAAGUUAAGAAAGAAACCUACACAAAUCACCGGACUCAAAAGUUAGUUGCUACUAUAGUAAUUCAGAGUUAUAAAUUUUGUAAAGUAAGUUGUUUUUGAAAUUUAGGUGCAAAGAUUGUCAUAUUGGAAUUGAAAUUUCUGUGAUUCUAAUUACAGAAAUGAUCAUACUUACACAUUUCUUUUACUUGUGUAUUAGGAGUACGUAGUACUAUGUAAAUCUGAUGUGCUCCUGUGAAGUGCAGUUUUCCAAAUAUUUGUCAAGAGUAGUUGCUUCAAAUAGCAGAUGUAAUUAUCUGAAGUUAGAAUAGAUUUAAAGCUGAGAGUAUGAGUAUUGUUUGUACAGUACAUUGCAGAGAUAACUACCUAUCAGAGAACAAUGCAAAGUAUUGAAUGUAAUGUUCGUUGUGGUUUUUAUUGUAGUGCUGUGUUAUCACCUAUUUGUAAUCUUUAGGGAACUUGAUUAUUAUUUUUAUUUGUGUACUAUUUGAAAAGUGAUAAUAUUUUUACCAAAGCAUUUGUAUUGUGUUUUUCUCAAUAUUUUAAGAGGAUUCACCGUUAAAUUAAAAGAAUUAAGCUACCUCCCCCCCUUUGUUAUACCAUUUUGUCAUAACUGAUGAUGGGUAAGACUGUCCAAAGCUUUACUGGCUCAUGGAUUGAAGGGGUGGGCUGGUUUAAAGUAGAAAUUAUAAUAUUAUGAGAGGAUGGGAGUGACCAUCAAAGUAGCAAAAGUAGAAUCGAAAGUAGGUAUUUGCAAGAUCCAUUUAUGAAAGCAACAUACAGGCAGAGCUGGAACAGAUACAAAAUAAUUACCAAGACUGAAUAAGUAUCCACAAGAUAACAAAUUACCAAUGCUAAAGUUUAGGAAAGAAAUCCAUACCAUAAAAUAGAUAUUAAGUUCUCAGUACCCUACAAUAUGGCGAAUAUACGCACUUCAAACAAAUAGAAGAAAUAGAUAUGAAAGAAUGCUAUACCAACAAAAUGUCAAGAAAUAUUAUCAUCGCAUGCAAAACAAAACCAAAAACACUGUUAUGGAUAAUAUAUAUAUAUUAAAGAGUUGAAUUUUAGGUACAGCUGUGUCCCAGAUUAAUGAACCUGAGAUACCUACUAUGCUUGUGAAGUACCUAUGAUCUAGGUACUUCAGGCAAGAAUACCCUUUAUGCUUACCUUUGUGAAGCAAGGUGAGCUGUUAUGUGAAGAGAUGAAUCCUGGUUGGCCAGGAUUUCCUGGUGAUGGGUUUAACCUCCACAGCCUGAGUAUCGUAUAUAUAAGAUCGCAUAGAGCUUCGGGGCAGUGGAUGGGUAUCCUACAUAUACGAUCAAGAUUUGGCACCGUGCAGUUUGAACGAAUUUUGUGGGCAAAAUGUUCCUAGUGCCAUAUAUCACUAUUGGCAACUCUUCAGAUCACCUUAUAAGAGUGUAAGAGUGUCCGUACAAGGAUGUGUCGUAAAUAUUUUACAAUAAAUAUGCUAGGAAUUUGUUCCUGGUUUUAUUUCUUAUCUUUUAUGAUAUUGUUUGAGCUGUAAUUUCAAUUUGACAAAAUAAAAUUUAAAAAAAAAUUAGAAAGAACGCAUAUAACUGUAAAAUCAGCGUAUUUUUACGACUGUCAUAGGGAAAAAGAGGCCCGCAAGGGAUGGGAAAUAUCCAUUUACAACUUACCGUGGAAGGUACAGACUUUUUUAGAAUUUUUUCUUAUACCUUUGAAUUUUCAUAUCUUCUUUCCAUUGAUGAGUUAUUUUUUAAAAAUUGGCCAUCCUUAAAUUUAGCCUGGUCAUGGAUGUACGUAUUAGCGUAUAUUAGCCCAGACUAUGGGGAUUAAGUUAGGUAAAGAGAAGUGUACCACACUUGUCUUAAUUUAUUGUACAUAGUCACAUUACUUGUUAUUGCAACUAUGGUAGUUAUGAGUUGCAUAAUUCAUGUGUGGAAACGUAUAUGUACUAUUUAGUUUAGGAAAGUACAUAUGUAGUUCUAUAGUAAAUAUAGACAAUAUAAUCAAUAUGCAUACAAGAAAACUUAAACCUUUACUGUGAGAAAUUUGGACAAAACUUUUAUGCGUUAUCAACAAAAACUGGGUGAUUACUGAAGUAUAAGAGAAAGUGUAGCACAAAUUGAUGCUUUCCAAGUUUACCCCAGAAUUGUUUGCAACCAUAAUACUAGUCAUACAUAGGCUUACCAACUUUGUUUUUACUUGUAUGGGGAGUAUAGUUAUAUUAGACAUUGCGUUCAGAAUAUUUAAUGUUAAAUGGCCUACAAUCCUUUUCAUGGUUCAGUGCCUCAUACUAUUCAUCCCCGUAGGGGGCUAGUGCCAUUAAUGAACCUCUUGUGGUGCACUAUAGGCAUUACUUAUUGUUCUUUGCAGCAUCCCUUUAAUCCUUAGCUGCAACCCCUUUCAUUCCUUUUGCUGUAGCUCCCUUCAUAUACUCUUUCUUCCUUCUGACUUUUCAUCCUCUCAUAACAAUUGUUUCAUAGUGCUGUAACAAAGGAUGCAAGUAAGGGGCAGUGGUUGUGGUACACAUCCCACGCAAAUAUGGGGGUUGACUGUAUGUAUGCAUAUAAAUCGCUACGAUACAGAGCUGAAGUUAAUAUAUAUAUGGCUCAAAAGCUGACAGUGCAAUGCGUAAUUUGCUGACAAUACAUUGAAUAUGACAAUAUGUAUACAUAAUAAUAAAGAAAAUAGUAUAUGUACAAAAGGUUUGUGAUAGACAUGGUUUCUUUAGUUCACAUGUUGGCAUGCAGGACCAUUGUGGGAUUAAUGGCCAGUACAAUGAAGGUGUGAGGGCAUACAGGACUAACGCCCUUGGAGAGGCCUACGGUUGUAGUUCAGUGUCUGGUAUUUGUGCUGGUUUCAGACGAUUGAUGGAAACCCGUGUUGCUCUGCCAUCUAUCGUCGUUGGGUAUGCCUUGGGUCAUCUCUGGAUGAUGUGGUAUGGUCCCGCAGCUCAUUGAGGAUGUACACUUUUCUGGUCACAUGGUAGGUCGUCUUUGCUGACUUUAUCUUUUCUGUCACUUUUCAGGCCUUUUUCUGAAUCGGUAGAAAUAUCAUACAGUGUACCCCUCGUAUUUGUGUUCUCAAGAAUCAUGGAGUCGCCUAUUUGCAGAUUUCUCUUUGGACCAUAUCUACCCAUUAUUCGUGGGAAAUUCAUCUAUUCGGGGUAUUUAUUAUUGAGAAGUAUUCAGAAGUUACUAUAUUUUCAUUUUAUUUUCAUAACUAAACCCACUUUUUGCGAUAAAAUUAUUACAAUAUUCAGUUACGUAUAAGCAUUUUUAGAGGGUUUUUCUUGUGUUUGAACUUUCAAAAUAGGCAGUUAUAAGUGUUUUAGAGGGCUUCUAAGUAUUCGCGAAGUCUAGCUAUUCGAGUUCUGGUACGCAUCCCCCAAAAAUGAGGGGGCUCGUUGUAUUCCUUCUGGAAGUUCAUCCUUUUUUUACUUGGUCUUCCCUUGAUGAUUUGCUUGGGGAAGUUUCUUUUGUAAAUGGGGGCAGCUGGUCCGUCUAGGUUGCUGUCAGAUUCUGUGUCAGUUGUCUGUUGGGUUUGACAUUGUGCUGCUGCUGCUGUUGGCUGUGUGGGCUCUGCCGUCUUGUGGGCCAUGUGCACUGCAUCAACCAGCUUCAGGAGGCAUGGUGGAGGCGCUGGGAAUGGCUGCCACUUUGGCGGGGUAGUCUGGUAAGGAGUACCUCUUCACAAGGUCCAAGGAUGAAUCAGGUUGCUGCCUAUGGUAAGCAGAGUGACGAGCUGCCGCAACUGGCUAUAGACGUGCGAUAGUUGCUUGUCUCCUAUGGGUGCCCCCAUGUACUUGAGGAAUAUCUUGGCUCUCAGGCCGGGUGGCAUGCUGAAGGAUGACCUCAGCAGCUCAUGGGUGACAGGUUUGUAGUUCCUCAAGCCACCCUGCUAUUUGCUCAAAGAUGUUGUCCAGCAGGAAUUUGAGGAUAGCAUCUGCUCUGUGCAUUGCGGUGAUUUUCUUUUAUUGGAAAUGUACAGGUCAAGGGCUCUUGCGAGCAGGAAUGUCGCAUCAGGCAGGUAAAGAGAGAUGCACAGUCAUUUGUGUUUGUUAACGGAUGGAAAGAUACAUAUAAAUCGGUACAUGAUAGGGCUGAAGUUAAUAUACCAAACAUAUAGCUGACAGUGCAAUGCAUAUGAUAAUGACAAUAGUACAUUGAAUGUAACAAUAAUAAUAAAGAAGAUAUAUGUACAAAAGGUGUGUGAUAGGGGCAUCUUUCGUCUGCACAUUUGUGCGCGGGGCCGUUGCUGUGUGAUUAACAGAUAAUACAGUGAAGGUGUACAUUGCAGCUGUGAGGCUGUGCUCCCGUUACACCUUUAAAACAUUUUUUACUCUCAAUUUCCUUUUCAGCACAGAAUGACCUCAUCAGUACCACCUUUACAUAAAGGUACCCUAGCCUACUUUACACAGUAUACUGUACGUACUUAAUACAUGUACAGUAUAGUAAUUAUUAAUUUCAGCAAAUUCUCUUGGUUCAAUGCAGAUUGGCUUAUGAUAUUUCAGUACAAAGAAAUUUAACUAACGAGCUAGCCUAGCAUAUACUAUGGUCUAUCGUAUGCAUACGAAUAUAGUAGCCUAUCCUGCAGUUUACUCUAUACGUACUAGAUAUACGGUAUAGUAAUUAUUAAUGUAAGCUUUGUUUACAUAAACUAAAGUCAUUUUUUUAAUUUUUAAAAGAUUAAAGCACUUUAUUUUUGUUUAAAUGAUUUCCUAGAGCUCUUACAGUAGUUGUAUACGCAGGUACCAGUCAAAGAGAGUAAUUUUUUCUUGGAUUUAUUACACAUUAAUGUACUACUUUAUUAACUAUUGAAUUUUUCUCCAGGAAUUAACUGUUGAAUUUUUCUCCAAGAAUUCUACCAAGUUGCACUGCUUCUUUUACAGUACAGUACUGUGUUCCUAAUUCUAAAGAUAACUGUAGAAACAGUAUAAAUAAUAAUUGAUGACAAGACACCAAAAGAAAAGAUAAGAGAGUGCUAUCGUAUAAUGUUUAUCGGCACCGUUUUGUACUAAGCAUUUGUUUGUUUGUAUGGUGUUUUUAUGUUGCAUGGAACCAGUGGUUAUUCAGCAACGGGACCAACGGUUUUACGUGACUUUUGAACCACGUCGAGAGUGAACUUCUAUCACCAGAAAUACACAUCUCUCACCCCUCAAUGGCAUGUCCGAGAAUCAAACUCGCGGCCACCGAGGUGGCAGGCAAAGCACCCCACUGAGACGUGUACUACUAAGGAUUUGAUUCUGUUUUUAUGAAUAUAAUUGACUUAAAGAACAUGUGCAUACAGUAGGCUUGGAUCUUGAUGUUUGUUGCAAAUUUGUUUUUUUUUUACACAUCUUAAGUUAUUACUAUGCCAUUUAAUUUAUAUAUAUAGUCUUCUCUUCAUAUCUUAUAACCUCAAUACAUACUAUUAGGUUUGGUAAGGUUUUGUAAAAAUGUUCUGUUGUGAUGGUGUUUUCUUACUUAUUACUCAUGCUCUGGCUGUCAUCCACCAAGUUACAAAGUGAAUGAAUCAAGAUUAAAGGUACAAAAGUAUAUAUAUAUAUAUAUAGCAGAGGUGAGUUACUGCUAGCUGGUGGACUGGUGCGCCAAAUUUUGAUUUGCCAUGUGUUGAUACUGUUGCAGAGGUAUUACAAUCUUCUAAGCUUUAUCAGUGGGGUUGUUGGUAUAUUCCCUGCUAUUGUGAAUGGUAUGAUAGCCUGGCUUAUGACAUCAGGAUAGGUGCUGGCUGAUCUGCAUUAUAAGAGGAAGAAUUUGGUUUCUUUUACUAUAUUAUUUUGUUUUUCCCACCAAAUGUGGUACCUUUAUUUGUUAGUUUUUAUGGUGUUUUUACGUUGCAUGGAACCAGUGGUUAUUCAGCAACGGGAAUGUGGUGCCUUCAGGUGUAGGCAUGAUUGGUUCAGUAUUUGAUCUAUUGUUAACUGUACCCCUUUUUCAGGUCUUUGUGAUUUUGUUUUUACGUUAUUACUAUACACAGAACUCUCUUGUUGAGAAAGUGACAGGAGGGUCCAGAUAGAUGAGUAGUAGCAUCAUUCUACAGGGCAUGUAAACUGGAGAAGCCAGGUUUUUCCUGACAAGAAGUGCACCGAUCUAACUUUUUAUAACAGUAUGAAGAUUUUUAUCCCAUUCUACAAUAGGGGAAACAUCUUCAUUUAUUAUUUUCUGAUUUUCUGGAUUGCUUUCUUGGCUAGGCAUUUGUUUUCCCAUAAAAUUCAUUAGGUAAGAAUUUUCAUUGCAACACUGGUCAUUCUAUCAUUGUGCAAAUUAUUGAUUGCAAUCUGUAUUUGUCAUUCCACCAUGGUACUACUAUCAAGAAAUAUUUUAACAUUAUGCCAUUUCACUACGAUGAUAUUCAAGGUAUUAUUUACUAGCAUUUGCCAUUCCACAAAUAUUUAAUAAGUUAUUUAUGAGAAUUUGUGCCUAUCUUUCCGUCAAUAUGUAUGCGUAUGCCAAGGCACGAUGAACAAGAUUUCCACAAUACCUUCAUACAUCUGGGAGGUUACAUUAAGGCUUUCUAUAGACUGGUAGUGUGUCCUGUUGGAAUUCACUGUACACAACAUCCAGGAAGGAGAGUACCUUCCUGAUUAAUAUUUUCAGACCCAUUUUAUUGUAGUGCGUCACAGACUUACAGCGGAUUUGAUCUUAUGGCACUUUUUCAGCGCUGUGAACAGUGUUUUACAGCACCAUAACUUGAUUUUUACUUACAGCGGGGGAUCCAUUCCAGUGUUUUACCAUAAGUUGAUUUCCAGUCAAUUUUUUUUUGCCAUAAUUUAAUGUAUGGCACAGUAACAUGAUGUGGCAUCAAGUUACAGCACUAACAGCAAGAAUAGGUCGAAGUUAACGUCACUGAAGCUUGAUGGAACAUUAAUUUAUGGCUCCAAUAACAGCAAAACACCCAUUGACAGCAGAUAUCAACUUAUGGUGAACCACUGUAACGGAUCGCCCACUGUGAGUCAGUGACACACUGUAUACCCUUUCAAAGGUGUCAUCUUUAUACUGUACUUGGGAAGGCAGAUCAUCUUGAAAACCUUAUCAUUGAUAACAAAUUAAGACAUCAGCUACUAAGUUGGGGUGCAAUGCUAAGUUUUCUUUUCCAUCUUACCAGUGAAAUUACCACUAGUCUGGUCACUGAUACAUAACAUUAAAAGGAUAUAGAUUACAGCAACAUAGGUUUAAUAACACAAACAUUGUACAAAAUGACUAUAUUUCUAGGAAUGAUCUUUUACAUCAAACCAAUUCAAAUUGUUCCCAUUGUAUCAAAGUUGUAAAUGGUAACUUAUUGUUACGGUAGAGGGUAGUGCUAUCAGUUUUUAGGAUUAGCUUUAAAAACUUCAUUUCCAAUAGAAUAAAAUUUAUCUACUGAGUAUAGCAUUCAAAUUUAUCUACUUCAAAAAGCUGGACAAAAUCUGUUUCACAAUACAUUCACACACAUGUAUGUGUAAUCUAAAGGAAGGGAAUAUACAGUAAAAGAAUAUCCUCAAGAUAUAACUCGUCAAUAGCAUUUUACAUUCCUGAGCAGAUGGAAAUGUUGAAAGUAAAAGCUUAUGCAAACUACUGAAGAAUGAUAGCAACCCAAAAAUGAGGAUGAUUUUAUGUAAGAACUUGAUGACAAAUAUAUUCAGUAGUAAAGAAUUUGCUACCAUAAUUUGAUCCAAUUAUAGUUAUAUUUUU